AUGAUUAAUCGCAACUAUAAUGCACGAAUCAUAUAUGAUGAAAUUGCUCCAAUUAUCAAGAAUCCUUUUGGAAACGGUUCAGUCCAAUGUUAUAAUAUGAGAAAUGAUGUUAUCAUAUGUUCAUCUGAUAAUACAUGCAGUUUAGAAUAUAAUCAACUAGAAAAUAAGUUCAGAUCACGUGGUUGCUAUCCAACUCGUGAACCUAGUGUUUAUGUUUAUGAUGGUGACUCUUAUACAUCAUUUCAAAUUAGAUGUAAUCGCGAUUUAUGCAAUAACGAGGAAACAUAUUCACAAAUAAAAAAUAUAUUAAGCAAGUAUAGCUUAACAGAUAAUAAUGGACGACGAAUUGCCAAUGGAAAUAAACAAAUGGUUUCUUUACUAUUAAUGUCGUCCGCUUUGAUUUUUAUAAUUUGCUAUUUUUUCUAA